UUAUCUCCCCACAGAAACUCUCCGCGGCAGUUCAAACACAACCCAAAACUCAUACUACACGGAAAAAUGCCAUCAACCUACACCCAAGGCUACGACGCCGCCACUCUCGCAUCGCACCAAUCCCGCUCCGCGGAGGCGCAGGCAGAUUACUUGAUCCCGCACAUCAAACCGCACUUCCGCAUCCUCGACAUCGGCUGCGGGCCCGGGACGAUAACCUGCGACUUCGCCAAGUACGUGCCGCAGGGGAGCGUGACGGGCGUGGACUUUAGCGAAGAAGUGCUUGCGCAGGCGCGCGCGGAAGCCGAGCGGAGAGGCGUGGGCACGACCAUCCACUUCCAGCCCGCGAGCGCGCUCGAGUUACCGUUUGAGGAGGGGAGUUUCGACGUCGUGCAUUGCCAUGCUUUGCUCGUGCAUGUCCCCCACGCCGCCGAGGCGGUGAAGGAGAUGCGGAGAGUAUGUAAGACUGGAGGCAUUGUAGCCGCACGAGAGCCAGUCUGGGACACGACGGUGAUCCAUCCGCAUAACCCACUUUUAGAGAAGUGGAAAGUAGUCGGUGCACGACUGAAAGUAUUAGAGAGCGCAGAACCGGACGCCGGAAAGUACUUGGCGGAAUGGGCGAUUGCGGCGGGCUUCGAGUGGGACAAGGUCAAGGUGUCGUGCAAUGUGCUGGAGUACUCCGGAUCUUCGGCGCAAUGGUGGGGGGAGUUGACUGCGAAGAGGGCGCGGAGCGAGCUGUAUGCGCGAGCCAUCAAGGCAGAGCUGAUGACUGAGGAGGAGGUUGAGCAGGUCGCUGCUGCUUAUGCGGCUUGGGGGAGGAAUCUCAGAGGUGGGCCGAUCUGGGCGAUGAUGCAUAUGAGGUUGCUGGCGGUGAAGUAGAGAUGGUAGUUGUUGGAUAAUGCCUCGUUGAUACGAUGAUAGUUACCUGCAGUACGAUUUCAAAGGGUU